UUGAGCCCGUUUUACGACGUUUUCGUAGGACUGGCAAGAACGGGUCUCAGUGGGAGCGGAAAAACAGAAAUCGCCAAACGGUACUGGGCAGAAAACAAACAGAAGUUUGAGGUUGGAUGGACUGUCCAUAGUAGAACUGAACAUGACUUGUACAAUGGACUGAAACUGUUUCAAAGAUUUCGCCCAGUAGAUUCACAAUUAUCUGUCAUGCUUGGUGAAAUGAAUGAGGAAAUGAAACAAGACAUCAAAAAGGAAUAUUUCAUUAUAUUUGAUGACGUUACAAAGGAAACACAGUUCAUUAUUCAGCAAAACUUCCCAUCAGCUAAUAACAUCAAGGUCAUCAUUACAACCGAGUUGCGUCUCUAUAACUUUAAGUCAUCAGACAUUCUAGAAGUAGGUGGGUUUACGAAAAAGGAGAUGUCUGAAUUCCUUGAUGAUUUAAAUGAGACUUCCUCUCAAAAGGUAAAGCUUUGGACAGAGAUGGGCCACCUGCCAUGCGCAUUGGCGUGUGCAGUGUAUGACAUCAAAAAGCAAAAAACAACCAUUGAAAAAUACCUGGAGGAGGUGAACAAUGUUGAUACUAAUCCCUUUGUAGAAGAGAGAACGCAGAAAGCACUGGGUCCCGACUAUAAAAGUAGGGGAUUCGUGAAGGCCCACAUCAUGAGUGUGAGGAAUAUGAUGGAUGAAUUGCGUCUGCAAAACAAGGAAGGACCCUUUAAAAAGGAAGACGUCAAUGGUUUAUGCUUGGUGCUCAAGGCCAUUGCUUACAUGGACUCAAAAGCAAUUCCGGUUUUCCUACUAGAAAUCCUUCUUCUGAUAAUAAUCAACCCACGGAAAGAAACCAGGAUUCCGUCUUGCAUUAACCAACUGAUUGACAAAAUGUCAAACAGGUGUUGGAUCGGUGUCUUUUGCGAAGAGAAAGACAAGCCUCGUCUUCUAGACAUCCAUGAGCUCGUUCAACUAGCAGCGCGAUCUAUGAAGGACAAUGACGACGAUUCGCGACUCAAGCCACUCGAAAACCUGUUAAAGGCACUCCUGUGCUAUUUUACAAAAGAUACAGGCUUUAUGAAGUUCCACAAAAAGAAUUUGCUAUUGCUUCCCCACGUAGAAAAAGCAAUUGAUCGAGUGAAUGAUUUAAGGGUCGAAAGUGAACUUGAAAAUCCAGUACUGGAACAGAUAUCCCUUACGUUCUUAGAAAUAGACCUACUGGAUCGACUAGGUCAUGCAUAUUCGAAAACUGGGCAAUUAGAGCUGGCUGAAGAACGAUUAAGCAGAGCGGUUGAUUUAUUUGUGACAAUCCUUGAGACUACAAAGGAUGAUCUACUAGAUACACGCGAGGCAUUACCCCUGGAUUCAUAUGCUGCGAUGGUCUAUGACAAACUUAAAUACUUUAACAUCGCCAGCCCUGUUAUUGGCACUGUGUUGAAUGAUACAGACAUAGAGCAGAUGAAACUAGAAGUUGGAGAACGUGAAUUUCCUAAUCUUGGAUCACACAACCAAGUGACCAAAGAUGCAUACAAGAAGCUCGUUAGCUUGAACUUAGCUAUACCAGAAGAACAAUUCAAACAAAUAUAUGUUACCGAGUUAAUGUCCUCAACACUCUAUGCUUACGGCAGACUGUACUAUUACCACAGAGAAAAGUUCCAUCAAGAGAAAAAUCGUCAACAAGCAAGAUGUCUAAUUGCCGCUUUGAGACUUGCUCAUGCAUUGGGGAAAGCAAUUGCUAAAGGCACAGACAUCAAUGUACUUCAUACCGUACUAACACAACGAAGUGGUCUCCUUUAUCUACACUCUGAAUACCUGGAUGAAGGCGGGGAAGAGAAAACUCCUCAAGUAGCCCUUGGUCAUCUUUAUGAUGGUAAGAAAGAGUACGAACGACUGUUGGAGGAAACGUCCAACAAACGUUGGUUUCAGCGUGGCAUAUUGAAAUUGAUGCAAAACGACCCUCAUCACGGUAGCAUAUGUCGGGAAAAGUUAUUGUUCAUAUGCAAGAGAAUUUUGGACAUUGAAACAAAUUCGUCAAAACGCAGUGAGGUUGAGAAAGAUGGAAUUAUGUGUUUGGGAGCGCUGAAGAGAAACAUUAAGAACCAAGAACACGGAGAGCUGAAAUUACAGCGAGGGGGCGAUUAUCUUCUUAUUUGUGCCGAGUUCAAUGUGGCGAUCAAAGAGUGGCAAUCUGCCAUUAAUGAUUUCACAGAAGCAGAAGCGUUGACCAUCCCAUGGAAGAAAUAUGCUAGGGCAAUAUCAGGCAUGAUGAAAACUGCUCACGAUUGGCUGAAAGUUAAUCCUGGUGAUCCUGUUGCCAGUGGAAAUUUCGAUUAUGCAAGACAAGAGGUGAGAGUGUUCGUGGAAAAGGCUCCCCAACCAUUCAAGGAUACAAUCAAGAAACGUUUUUGCACUGUACCAGGGGCACUUAAGCUCCAAAGGUCACAAUCCGCCCCUGUCUCCAGUUUAGAAAAAGAACCCCCAACUCCACCAGGUCUUUACAUGUAG